CUUUUUAAUAACUUUUCAUGUUUUAUUAUUUUCUGACUACCCAGCUUUAAUAAAAGACCAACUAUGACGAAAUUUAGCCAAAUGCUGGUCCACCGUGUAUUAGGAAUAAAAUAUAAAUGUUUAGUAUGUUUUUAGAAAACGUCAUCAUAAAUUUCAUUCAAUAAUUUUACUACCUCUAUGGUAAUAGGACACUAACUAAAAUAAAAUAAAUUGACUUUUCAUUUUAAUUCUAUAAGUUAUUUUUAUAACUUAAAAAGCUAUUCUUUUCCUUUUUCAUUCCCAAUAAUUUUUAUACAUUUCAGUACAACUGGUUUAAAAUAGUUUUGUAAAUUUAAAACAAAAUUUUCGAAAUGGCAACAAUUUAUAAUGCAAAAUUUUAAUAUUUAAAUUGGAUUUGAUAAUGAAAAUCUAAAUGUAAUUAGUUUUGGGAUAUUUUUCCCUCUUGAUACAUGAAACACAGUUUUGUUCUGCUACCAGCUGAUAGAUCUUUUCAACUUCCAUUACUGAAAAUGGCCAGCCGACUGUUACUCGGACCUGUAUUAAGGAAUUUUUCCGGACCAAGGGGCCUUACUAAUGUGCCCAAAAGAUGGCGAGCUACAGCUGCUGCUGCCCAAGAUUGUCAAGAUAUGCUUGUCAAUUGUCCUCCUACAAGAACUUCAUGCUUAGAUAAUGGGUUAAGGGUGGCCACCGAGGACACCGGUGCACCAACUGCCACAAUUGGCUUAUGGAUAGAUGCCGGAUCCCGUUUCGAAAAUGAAAAUAAUAAUGGUGUUGCUCAUUUUCUUGAGCACAUGGCUUUUAAGGGAACUGCCAAGCGCUCUCAAGUAGACCUUGAACUGGAAGUUGAAAAUAUGGGAGGUCACCUCAAUGCUUAUACCUCGAGAGAGCAAACUGUAUUCUAUGCUAAGUGCCUCAGCCAGGAUGUUCCCAAAGCACUCGAAAUAUUGGCUGACAUCCUCCAGAAUUCCAAACUGGGUGAAGCUGAAAUCGAACGAGAAAGGGGAGUUAUUCUUCGUGAAAUGCAAGAAGUUGAAACUAAUUUACAAGAAGUAGUUUUUGAUCACCUUCAUGCCGUAGCUUUCCAAGGGACUCCUCUCGGAAGGACAAUCCUUGGGCCUACCAAGAAUAUAAAGUCAAUCACUCGCAAUGAUCUUGUUGAAUACAUUAAAACUUACUAUCGUCCCUCUCGAAUGGUUCUGGCUGGUGCAGGUGGCGUUGACCAUGAUAUGCUGGUUAAAACCGCUCAAUCCCAGUUUGGAAGUUCUGCCCCUUUAGUUACUGAUGCACCUAUUCCCACCCCUUGCAGAUUCACUGGCUCUGAAAUCCGAGUAAGAGAUGAUGCGAUGCCAGUUGCCCAUAUUGCUAUUGCGGUCGAAGGCUGCGGAUGGGAGAGCGCAGACAACAUUCCAUUGAUGGUUGCCAACACACUGAUCGGUGCCUGGGACAGGAGCCAUGGAAGUGGUUCCGGUAACGCUAGCCGCCUGGCCAUCGCUUGCAGUACUGAUAACCUUGCCCAUUCCUUCCAGUCUUUCAACACCUGUUACAAGGAUACCGGUCUGUGGGGAAUCUACUUUGUUUCUACACCACUUGCUCUUGAGGAUAUGGUGUUUAACAUCCAAAAUGAAUGGAUGAGGUUGUGCACUUCAGUGACCGAAGGAGAGGUCGAAAGAGCCAAGAACUUAUUGAAAACUAACAUGCUGCUUCAGCUCGAUGGUACAACCCCCGUCUGUGAAGAUAUUGGGCGCCAGAUGCUUUGCUAUGGUAGGAGAGUGCCUCUUCAUGAACUUGAAGCUAGAAUUAAUUGCAUCACCGCUCAGAAUGUGCAAGAUGUAAUGAUGAAGUACAUUUACGACAAGUGCCCCGCUGUCGCAGCUGUGGGACCUGUGGAAGGUCUUCCUGACUAUAACAGAAUACGUGGCUCAAUGUAUUGGUUAAGGUUAUAAAUUAUAGCUAUUUGGUAUAGUUCGGGUGUGCAUUUCAAGACCACGUCUAUACUUGAAUAGGAAUUUUUGUACAUUGUAUAAUAAAUUUCUUUUCUUUUUGUUUUAGAUUUCUUCAUUUGUAAUAUAUUUAUGUAUUUAUUGUUAAUAAAACAUUAAUUUUUUGUUGUU